AUGUUUAAACUGAACCUUGCAGAGGACGCAAAGCUGGUAGAAAACAAAGCACAGGAAACAGUUAAUUCAGCAGCUCAGGCUAUACAGCAAGCAGCAGACCAGGCAACAGAAGCUGGCCAAAAAGCUCUGGAUGAUGCCUGCAGAUCUGUUCAAGAUGCUGGUGAAAAGGCAGUGCAAAAUGUAACCAGCCAGGUAAACGCCUGGGGUAAGAGCUUUGGAAAGAGUGAGGAGAAGAAGGACGUUCCAACCUAACUACUCUUGUGAU